CAAGCGACGUCGUUUGGGGGUAAAGGUGGGAGAAGAGGUAUGUCACUGGUAGACUACGACGAUUCAUCCGAUGACGAUGUCUUACCUGCUGCGGCGGAGCACAUGGAAGCUCUGCCACAACAACCGCAACAGAAACAAAAACCCUCUCCAGCUCCUCCAAAUACACGGAGAUGUAUAAAGGAGAAGGGAAAAAGCGAAGAGCUUCCUCAGCUACCAGAUGCUUUACUUCUUCUGGAGUCACCGAGACUCUCACAGGUGAAUGGUGGUGACCAUGCUUCCCUUUUUGCAGCUGCAAUGGCCGAGAGUGCAUUACGGAAAAGAGUGUUUAAUGGGAAGUCUUCUUCUCUUCCUCGUCGUUCUAAGCUAGCUAGAGGAAAUCUGCCUCAUUCCAAGAAUAGUCCAGAUACUUUGGGUAAUGUGCUUGUGCCUCCUCAGCUCAAUGGAAGGAGCAAUGUUGCCACCGAAGAUAUGAGCAGGCUUUUUGUGAAAAAACGACAAGACUCCACCUCCAAGGCGAGAUCUCCUAAUCAGGCAUAGUUUGGUCAAAUUUCUAUGGUUUUGUUUCUUUCUGACUAAUCUCGUAAAAACAGAGUAUGUAAUGUGACUUCACUUUUGCAUAAAACAUAUUAUUAAUAAAGAAAAAGAGCUCUGAAAAAACAAAA